AUGGCUGUUAGCCCGUCUCGUCCCUUCCACUGGCCCGGCGGCAUCCCACCGGAAGUGAAGCCUGACGCCAACGGGGACAUCGCACCCGAGGAGGCCAACGAAACGGCUAAAGGCUGGUUGCUGUUUGUCUCUGAAACUUGGGUUUCCCGGGAGGAUGCCAACAUCCCAGACCAUGACACAGACUACGAAGUCCGGCAACGACGAGCCCUGGUGGAAACAUGGGCAAAGGCAGAGCAAGCAUUUCGAGACUCCUACCAACGAAGAGCGCGUCCGACGAACGCACUCGACUACCCGGAAGCUGCCCUGCGCGGUACGCAGCAGUGUUUUCCUAACAACGCACAAUUUGUUUGCCUCGCCCCGCUCUCCCCAUCCCACUGGUCCAACCAAUCCAAAUGGAUCAAGCUCUUCAUCUUGUCGUGCUGCCUGGAUGGCGAAAUGGGCCAUUGCCUCGGCGUUUGGGGAUCCAGGCAUGAGGGAAUUGACUCUAACCCGGCCACGUUUCCUGACCCAUCUACUUUCCAGAUCACUGACCUCUUGCCUUUGUUGAUUCUGGAAAUGGCCAAUUUUUCCUAUAUGGCUAUGACUGAAAGGGGCACCGUGCAUUUCAUGGACCGUCUGUGA